CGCCAACAUCUCGCGUUUUAAGGCGCGUUAAGCUCAGCAAAGGCGCCGCUUCUCGAUCAUGGCUUCCAAUCGAGAGGAGCGGCAGCAAAUGCGGAUGCGCGGAGCUGCGUCACGCAAAGCAAAGGAAGUCGAUUUUGGAUUCUCGUUUGGUUUGGCCCCUGGGCCUGGGGCCUCUUCCCAGCCCGCGUCGCAGCCUGCUGGCAUUGGUAUCGUUCCCGAACCUCCUGUACCGCCGCAACCAGAUAUAGCCGCAGAGAAGGCUCAACCUCCGCCAUUGUCACCGGAAAGGAGGCUCUUGGGAUCGCAAGAUCAAGUCCAGGGUCAGCGAACGCCCGGAAGCGCGCGUAACAACCGGCCCGCGAGGCCGUCGACGUUUGACAUUCCAGAUGAUGCGCCAGACACCGGACGGAGCAUCAAGAGAAGAAAAAUCGAAUCACCGACUAGGCUUUCUCCCAGCAAGACCGUGAGACCGCCGACCAGUUUGGACAGCUCGCAACAUGACAUAAACAACCCCCCGCCCUUACAAAAUGGCGCUCCAGCAGAACCAGAUGUACAACCGAAGAAACCGAAACCUACGCCAAGUGAGGUACAGCAUGAAAUUAUACAGCCGAUGGAGCCUACAACUACCCCGCACAAAGAAGAGCCACCUCCCGAAGUACCGGAUUCCACUGCACUACCCGAGCCUGACGUCCAAGAGCACGAGCAAGCGCAGCCGGCAGAUGAUCAAACAAAGGUCAAUGGAGAGAAACAAGAAGCUUCAAUGAUCCAAGAAGAAGCACAUCGACCGACAAGAACGUCUCCACGGGGUACGAAUGGCAAACGCAAGAGCCGAGAGGGUAGCACCGAGGUUCGUCAAUCACCAGAAACUACAGUGGAAGCGGUCGGUCAGGGUGAGCAGGAGCCAGUACGACCACCGGUCCAACCAGAGGUUUCGGAACAGCAACCACAAAAGCCAGAUGAACCGCCGCAAGUACCACCCGAAGGGAGUCAGGAUGCCAUUGAGAAACAAAGUCCAAAGCAGCAGACUACGAAAGGAAGAAGGGGUCGUCCUCGUCAAUCACAACCAGCAGAGACGAAGCCAAAACGUGGGCGGCCAGGCAAGCAAAAGCGAGCUCGUCAAUCUCCAGAGGCUGCACAAGAGCCAGAGCCAGAGCCAGAGCCUGGACCUGAACCUGUUGCUGAGCCAGAGCCCUCAGCACCCAAAAGUGGUCGGGGUAGAAAGCCAAACAACGACGCCGACAUAGCAACAGACCAGCAAGCAGCGGAGCAAGCAGCGCAACAAGAACCCGAACAGGGCAGUCAACCUACAAGAAAGAAGCGAGCACCACGGGGAGAGACAGUUCCAGUGACAGUCCAUCGCCUCGUGAACGUUGCAUCACUAGGAGGGGCCCUUGGCGGACCCGACGCGGCCGAAGAAGAAGAAGAAGAAUCGGCCGACGAAAUCUCGACGCGGCAAAAGACCAAACUCCCCAACCGGGGAGGCGUCAACCCAGCCGACGUGCUGAGCCAGAUAUGCCGCGAGACACUGGAGAAGACGCUCACGACACUCAAGAACGGGAUUGCGAAUGAGACGAAUCCAGCGCGACGACAGGAAUUUAUGCGCAAGAAGAAGGCGGUGGAAGCGUUCGGGACGGAGCUGGAUGGGCGCUUGCUUGAGUUGAGCGAAAUGCUGGAUAGUAAUUUCGUGCUGGGCGUGCAGGUGAAGAAGGCCAAGCGGGAGAUGAUGGACAUGCGGAGCAGACUGUACCAGGUGCGGAGGGAGCGAGAAAGCGUGGCGCUGCAGAUGGAUGCGGUACGGAAGAAGCAUGCGGAGGAGGAGAGUGCAAGACAGGCCCGCACCACCAUCAACAACUCCCUGCAUAGUCUCGACCUAGCCAUGGAUCGCAGCCAGAACCGACCAGACGAAAACGAAGCCGGACCAGCUACGACAGCCGGACUGGAAUUCAUGCUCCGCAGCGUAGGAGAAGAAGUGAGCUCCAGCAGACAGGGAGGCCUCCUCAACCAGAUCAAAGCGUUCAACGCGCAACUGGAGGCCACCGCACGGACACUGGAGAGAUGAAGUUGAAAGCAUUCCACACUUGUCUUAUUGAUUCUAUGACGUUCAAUACCCACAGCUGAUUUUUUAAUGAGAGGAUUAUUUUGGAAUAGGGGAAACAAAGGCGUUAGCAUUUAACAAAGGGUCUCGGUGAUAUAUUAGCCAUGCCUGAGGCAGAAAUUCAAUAUGAGUUCCUCCGCUCGGAGACAUUUUCCCGCAAUGUGAUUGGUCGACUGUCGGUCUCUCAUCAUAAACCCAUGCAGUAACAACCAGGU